AUGCAGGAAGAUAGUCUACAGGACGUGAAGCCGUCGGCUGCACUCGUGACGUCGGUCGGAAAGUCGGCGACGAAACCGGAUAGAAAGACGUCGCGACACUCCAAGCUGGAAAAAGCCGACAUUCUGGAGAUGACCGUCAAAUACCUGCAGACGCUGCAGCGCCAGCAGAUGGCAGCAGCGGCGUCCGACGACCCGUCCGUGCUGGGCCGCUAUCGGGCCGGAUUCAGCGAGUGCACGCAGGAGGUGACGAGGUACGUCAACAAUGUCAACGGCAUUGACAACUCCGUCAAGCUUCGACUGCUCGACCACCUGGCGCGCAGCAUGACGCAGCGGCCCGACGCAACCGCUGCAGCUGCCGCGCAGACGCAACACGCCAACAUACUGCCGGCGACCGCCGCGCCACCUGCCUUCACCGUCGCGACGACGGCCGCCGGAGAUGCGACCGGAAACGCGAUUGCGCAGGCCGUGCAGUCGAUCCGCGGCGGCGUCGGCGGCGGAUACGUGUUUCCGGCUGACUUUCCGGCGGGCGCGCUUGCCGUGCAGCCGUUGCCAGGCAACGGAGCGCCGCACGUCGUGGCGCCGGCCGACGUCAACAACAAUAACGUCGGCGGCGGCGGCGGCGCUGCAGGAGCGCGGAUUUUCGGAGGGCUGCAGGUGAUACCCGGUCGUCUGCCGAGCGGGGAGCUGGCGUUCGUGUUGCCAGGCAACGUCGCCGGUCAGCUGGUGCCGCUCUACGCCGGUGCGGCGAUGACCCUCAACUCGUUCACGUCGGUGCCGUCAGGUGGCGCCACGCCGCGCGAGCUCAGCUUGCAGUACACGUCGCCGGUGACGUCGCCGAACAACACGUGCGCUGCGUCGCCCAGCACGUCGUCGUCGUCGUCGUCGUCGUCGUUGUCGUCGUCGUCACGGGCGACGCCGCCGACGUCGCCGACGCUGGCGAACGACAACGGCGACCCCGUGAAGACGGACGACGACGUGUGGCGACCGUGGUAGUGACGUCACGCGUGACGUCGGCCUAACUAUUGCAAUAUAAAUGCCUUUUUUCAUAAUUACGUAGCGGUACUAUAGUAAUGGGCGGGGUAUCAUCAUAGAGAGAGGGAGAGACAGAACGAGAGAGAGAGGAGGGAGCGAGAGAGAGAAAGAAAAAGAGACGGAGAUCGAUAGAUGAGUGAGAGAGAGAGAAAGAGACGGAGAGCGACAGAGUGUGUGUGAGUGAGAAAGAGCGCGCGCGCGAGAAAGAGAAAGAGAGAGAGAGAGAGAGCGCCCGCGAGAGAGAGAUCUAUACAGAGAACGACUGUUGCACGUUAUUGACACCUCAUGCCGUUAUCACGACAGUAUCAAUGUAUGUAUCCGACUCCUGGCUACUUAGCGAAGGAUCGCGCAGGCUAAUUCAAAACAGAUCAUCAUAAUAAUUUUAAGGUUACUGUCCGUCCUAGGAUGUCAAGGAUUUAGUAGGUCUUCCGUAUUAAAGUUUUCUCUUUCACAACGAGUGGUAAAGCUGUUUUGACUACUACGAGUUGAAGUGCAGAAGUACUGUUUCCUACUUGUUUCGGUUGCUCGUUUCUAUGCAUAUACAGCUGUAUAUAGCAUCACAGACGAUUAUCAUGCCUCGGCCAAAUGUACAUAACUGUUUAUAUCUCAUGAAUGUUGAUGAUUUUCCAUAAUUCACAAUGACAUUUUCUCGACACGUUGUGAUAUGCACGUAGUUUGCGAUCGAAUAGAAUGUUGUGAUAUCAUUAUUAUAUAUUCUCGUAUUUUUUAUCGCCGAUUGUGUGAAUAAAUAUAUAUAUUCUUCUUGAAAAAA